GGCUGCGGUUUUGACGCAUGCUCGGAGCCCCAAGGCGACAUCUAGUGUAUAUCUCUAUGAAUGGAAACACCGUCAUCUCGCAAUAGUUAUAGUUUUUAAUCGACAUUUUGAACAAUGUCUCAUUUUGCGCAAAUCUGUGAAUGGAAUGGAAUCCUAAUCACGAAACUCAGAAAUCAAACAAUGGCAUGCUUCAAUAACUAACGUUAUAACGUUUUUUUUUUUUAACGUUAUAACGUUAUCGUUUUGAUCUCAAACACUUGCGUCAACAUGAGCUCUUUACUUUUCAUCACCCUUUUAUUCAUCAACGGUGUUGUUACAGAUGAGUCAGUGUCAGUGAUUGAGGGAGAUUCUGUUACUUUACACACUAAUACUGACACACAGAGAGAUGAUGUGAUGGACUGGAGGUUUGGAGAUCAACAGAAUCUCAUUGUUAGAAUCAACAGAGCAGCCAAUUCACUCAGAAUAUAUGAUGAUGUUCUUGAUGGGAGAUUCAGAGACAGACUGCAGAUGAAUAAUCAGACUGGAGAUCUCAUCAUCACAAACAUCACAACUAAUCACACUGGAAAUUUUACACUACAUAUCAUCAUCAGAGGGAAGGUCACAAACAAGACAUUCAACAUUAAUGUGUCUGGUGAUAAAGUGAAGACAGUGAUGAUGGGAGAUUCUGUCAUUCUGGUCAAAAAUGUUAUCAAGAAACCAGGAGAUAAGAAGAUGAUGUUGAGGAUUCGACACAACAACUCUCCUGUAGCUGAAAUAAAUGAUACGGUCUUAACUUAUAAUGUUAAUAAUGAGAGAUUCAGAGACAGACUGCAGUUGGAUUAUCAGACUGGAGAUCUCAACAUCACAAACAUCAGACCUGAUGACUCUGGAUCUUAUGAAGUAGAUAUCACUGUCGGCAGUCACAUUUAUACUAUACACAGAUCAUUCAGUGUUAAUGUCAAAGAGACAGGUCAGUCUCCAGGUUCUGUUUUCUUCAGCCUGUUUAUUGCUGCUGCUGUUGCUGGUGUGUUUUACUGUUACCUUAAGAUCAGUCAAACAAAACUAUUGGAUGAAAAGAUGACAAUGGUGGCAGGACAUCAUGCUGUUUUACAGGUUGGUCUGAAAGAACUAAAGAAAGAUGUUAAGAUUGAAUGGAGAUUUGUACAAGAUCCAGAGAUGAAAUAUCCUGUGAUAAUGUGGCCAUGGAGAUCUCCAGGUACUCUCAUAGCUAAACGUGAUAAGGAAGGCUUCAACACUUAUAAUGGUCCUGAUGAGAGAUUCAAGUACAAACUGAGUCUGGAUCCUGAGACUGGAGAUCUCGCCAUCAGUGAUGUCAGUAAUAAACACUUCGGAGUUUAUCAACUUAAAAUCACCAGUGGUGGAAAAACCUCAUACAAGAGAUUCAAAGUGUUUGUCACAGGUACAACAAAACUGACGGUGUAUGAGGGAGAAUCUGUUCAUCUGGAGACUAAACUUACUGCCAUACAGAGAGUUGAUCUGAUGGAGUGGACAUAUCGAUCUGAAGACUGUGUCAUAGCUGAAAUCAAUCCUGCCAACAAUAUCUUCAGUACAUAUGAUGGUGAUGAUGGUAAAUUCAGAGACAGACUGCACCUGGAUCCAAAAACUGGAGAUCUCAUCAUCGAUGACAUCACAUGGGGACAUCGUGGAUAUUAUACACUGAAGAUCAUCACAGAUGGAGAAACCUACUACAGAAGACUCCUUUUGGCUGUCAAACGGAAUACAGUGUGUGGGGAUAAGGGAUACUCUGUUGAUCUGGAGACUGAAGUUACUGACAUAAAGAAAGGUGACGUCAUAGAGUGGAGAUUUGGAGAAACUCUCAUAGCUGAAAUCAAUCCUGCAAACAAUAUCUUCAGUACAUAUGAUGGUGAUGAUGAUCUAUUCAGAGAUAAACUGAAGCUGAAUCAUCAGACUGGAGAUCUCAACAUCAAUGACUUCAGAGAGGAACAUAAAGGAGAUUAUAGACUGAAGAUCACAAGAGGAGGAAAAACCUCAUACAAGAGAUUCAAUGUGUUUGUCAGAGUUUCAAUGCUGGAAGUGGAUGAGGGGAAAUCUGUCAAUCUGAAGACUAAAGUUAUUGACAUAAAGACAGAUGAUGUGAUAGAGUGGAGAUUUGGACAUGAAAAAACUCUCAUAGCUAAAAUCAAUCCUGCCAACAAUAUCUUCAGUACAUCUAAUGAUGAUCUAUUCAGAGAUAAACUGGAGCUGAAUCCUCAGACUGGAGAUCUCAACAUCAAAGACUUCAGAGAGAAACAUUGUGUGUUUUAUACACUGAAGAUCAUCAGAGAUGGAAAAACCUUAGAAAGGAUUUUAAUUGUGUCUGUCAGACGUGAAGGAGAAGGCAAACUGUACACGAGAGAGGGAGUAUCUGUUGAUCUGGACACUGAUCUUAAUGACAUAAAGAAAGUUGAUCUGAUCGAGUGGAGAUUUAAUGAAACUCUCAUAGCUGAAAUCAAUCCUGCCAACAAUAUCUUCAGUAUAUAUGAUGAUGAUUAUGAUCUCUUCAGAGGUAAACUGAAGCUGAAUCAUCGCACUGGAGAUCUCACCAUCAAAAACUUAAGAGAGGAACAUGAAGGAGUUUAUGAAGUGAAGAUCAUCAGAGACGGAGAAACAUCAUACAGAAGAACAAUGGUGUCUCUCUGUGAUGAAAGAGGAGAAAAACUUUACACAAAAGAGGGAGAAUCUCUCGAUCUGAAGAUUGAUCUUAUUGACAUAAAGAGAGUUGAGAAGAUCGAGUGGAGAUUUGGAGAAACUCUCAUAGCUGAAAUCAAUCCUGCCAACAAUAUCUUCAGUACAUAUGAUGGUGAUGAUGAUCUAUUCAGAGAUAAACUGAAGCUGAAUCAUCAGACUGGAGAUCUCAACAUCAGUGACUUCAGACAGAAAAAUGAAGGAGUUUAUGAAGUGAAGAUCAUCAGAGAUGGAAAAACAGUAUACAAGAGAUUCAGAGUUUCUAUCUACAAUUUUAAGGCAGAAGAUUCAGUGAGGAAGAGAGGAGGACAUUCAGUGGAGAUAGAGAUGCAGUCGUUGUUGUUACACAAUCAGCAAUUGGUGGUGUAAGUGAAACACAUGUCUUAAAAAAAUCAAUCUUGUGUCAAUAAGUUAAAACAAUCCACC